AUGGCUGGUCUGGCUUUGUGCGAGCCAAAAGAGCUUUACAACAUCUUGAACCAAGUGACAAAACUGUCCAGAUUAACUGAACCCAACUACCUUUGUCUGCUGGAUGUGCGUCCCAAGCAGGACUAUGAUGAAAGUCACGUGAUCACUGCCCACCGCGUGAAGAAGAAGGCCGGUCAGUACGUCCUCCCCGAGUCGGUGGACCUGGAGUGCGUGCGCUACUGUGUCGUGUACGACAGCAACACCCUCACCCUGGACGUGAACCUGGAAGCCCAUGACGACAACUCCGAGGACUUGGAAAGCGACAAUAACGAACUGCACUGUGGAGCUGCCAUUGAGUGUGGCCGAGUCGUGAGCCAACACACCCGCCAGCCCGUGCUCAUCCUGAAAGGGGGCUAUGAGCUCUUCUCCGCCAUGUACCACUUCUUCCGGACGCAGAAGAUCAUCUGGAUGCCACAGGAGCUGGACGCCUUCAAGCCCUACCCUUUCGAGGUCCUGGACGGCCAGGUCUACCUGGGCAACUUUGCCCAAGCCUGUGACCCUCAGAUCCAGAAGGACCUGAAAAUCAAAGCUCACAUCAACGUCUCCACGGAGUCCACGCCGUUUUUUGUGGGCGACUCAGACAGGCUCCUGCACAUCCAGGUGAGGGACUCUGUGGACUGCAUCCUCUUCCCUUUCCUCCGCCUGCUCUGCCACUUCAUUGAGGUUCACCUGGAGCUGGACUCCGUCAUCCUCAUCUUUUCCACGCGGGGCAUCAACCGCAGCUGCGCGGCCACCAUUGCCUUCCUCAUGCACCAUCACUCGCAGUCGCUGAAGAGGUCCUGGUCCCUGGUCAAGAGCUGCCAGAACAGCAUGAUUCUAAGCCGGACCUUGGUGCUUCAGCUGUCGCAGUGGGAGAAGGUUGUGCUCGGGGACGUCAUCACAGACAUCCAGGAGCCAUUUUGCUGAUCCCUGCGCUCCACCUCUGGGUGCUCGAGAAGCGACUUUGCAGUUCCCCGGGAGCCGGGGGCCAGGGGGCAUGUUCAGGGCGGGAUUAAAGCCUUUGCUGUCCUGGCCUGGGUCUGUCUCCUGCCUUGGUUCUUCCCGGCAUCUCGUAGUCCACACCCACUAGAGGUGUCCUCGUGGUCCGAGAGAACCUCCUGGACAUUCCCCUGGCAUUCCCGAGGCUGCCCGAGGGGUUCUCCUACCCUGGGCUGGUGCAUC